AUGGAUUUCAAUAUCAAUCCCAACGAAUGUGUGUCCAACAUUGUGAACACUAUAAAGUCUAAUGGAAGUUUUGAUCUGUUUCGACGUGAAUGUCUCUCCGAUGUAGACACAAAGCCAUCGUACCGAAAUCUUAUUCAGCGAGUGGAUAUAUGUGUCAACAAGUUUUUUUCUAAGCAAAGCUGGAAUCCAUCAUUAAAUAAAGCUCAGCUAAGAAAUCGCCUUCGAAAUGAAAUAAAUGACGCUGACCAAGUCAGAAAUGGAAUUCAUCACUUGGUGGAUCAAAUAGUAAACACCAAAGUUAGAUCAGAAUUUAAGGAAAAAAUCGAGAAAUCACUGAAAGAUUAUCUUGGAAUAAAAGAUCCCGAAGAAGCGCCAAUUGAAAGUGAAGAAUCAUCAAGCAAGCCUGGCAAUGAUGAAAGUGCUGCUAAUGAUCAGAAAGAUGAAGACAAAAAUAUUGAAAAUGUCAUUGAAAGUCAAAAUGAGCCUCUUUUGCCUGAAAAGGAGAACAUGGAACAGAUUUCGGACGAGGAGGACUUUGACAGAAUGAGCAUUGAUAGUAGUAGCAGUUGUGGUGGUAUCAGCAGUAGCAGUGGCAGUAGUCUCAUUGACAGCGAAUCAUUGCCUUCACCACAUAAAUCUGAAGUGCCUUCUCCUGAGCAUGAAGCUAUUUCUGAUAAAGAGAAUCCAGAAACCAAUGAUGCAUCUGCAGAAAAAGCAGAAAACGAGCUUUCACUGGAGGAGAACUUCGAAUCACGAACAAGUGCAUCAGAACUUUGCACAAAGCAGUACGAUGAAUCCAGCCUCGAUGUUGCUGAUGUUUCUCAUGCUGACUCUGCUUCUAAUUCUACAACGCAACAAUUUGCCGAUGAGUCUGUUGCCACAAACGAUGGCUCUGAAUCACCUUCAAAAGAUGAAAGUGACCACCUCACAAUCACAGCUUCAAAUGAAAUACUGGAGUCAACUGAAAGCACAUCGAAUGUUGUAAAAGAAGAAGAGGCUGAAAUGAAAGAACCAGCAGAAAUGUCGGAUCUCAGUUCAGUUCAUACCAGCGAUUUAUCCGAUUUUGAUGAUGAAAUAUCUAUCUCAUCUGAUGAUGAUGGCCAUAAGGAUUCAAAGAAAAAGAAAAUUAGCCUCAAAGUUGUCAAAGAGCUGACUGCUUCCAUUUUUGAGGAAAAGAAAUCAACUGAAAUCGAAGUGGACGAUUCUAGUGAACAGGGACCAUCAAAUAAAAGUACGGCAUCGAGUGAUUCGGAAAACGACAAGUUAAAACGGAAACGAAAGAAAAAUCCUAAAUUUGAGUCGUAUGAACCUGUUAAAAAGUUGAAGAAAUCCACCAGUAUUAAAAAGCCAGUUCCGGAGAACAGUGGAAAGGGCAAGAAACAAGAGAUUAAAGAAGGUGCCAGUACGAGGCAGAGUCUGAAACGCAAACAAGGUGAGGCACCGGCUGGAAAAGGCGAUGCAAAACUAACCAACUUGAGAACAAGACAAGCUUCCCUGUCUUCGGAAUUUGCCGAAAAGACCCCGGCGGAGAAGAGAGGUCGUGGUAGACCGAAGAAAGCUAUGUAA